GGAUGACUCCUUUUGUUGUUUUCAAUGUAUUAACAGGUUCUAUACAUCAACAUGUUUAAAUAAAUCUGUUUGGUUACCAUAACACCAAAUAAUAAGAGGUUAGGGAGUGUUUAGCAAAUAUAUCCUUGAAAAGUUGACGUUUUUUAUAACAACUCUGCAGUUUAAGAGGCAUUAGCAGUUUAUUUCCCACCCACAAACAACUUGAAGUCCUCACCGAUUGGUAAUGAAAUAAUAUUCUCUAGAAGACCUGUGCUUUGAUGUUUAUUAAUUAGGUUGAAGUUGUUACAAUACCCACUACUGUCUAUUGAAAUGGAAGAUAAUAAUAUUAAUGUAAAUCAUCAACCUAAUGGAAAAGAAGACAAUGGUCAUGUUUUAGUAACAGGAGGAGCAGGAUAUAUCGGAACUACCAUUGUUCCUAUGCUGUUAUCUGCUGGUUAUGAAGUUACAGUCUACGACAAAUUUCUGUGGGGAAUUAAACCAUUGUUAUUCAUCUCUUCCCAUCCUAAACUAAAGAUUAUUAAAGGAGACAUAAGCAAUCUGGAAGAACUGAAACCAGUGGUAAAGGGUAAAAUGGCUAUCAUCCAUUUAGCAGCCAUUGUCGGUUAUCCGGCCUGUGAUGAAAAUCCUGAUAAAGCCGUGGAAAUAAAUAUCAAUGGUACGGGUAAUAUCACUCGACUACUGGAACCUCAUCAAAAACUGAUCUAUGCUAGUACUGGAUCUUGUUACGGAGCAGUGGAAGGUGUAUGUACAGAAAAUACACCAAUAAGUCCUAUCUCAUUGUAUGGCAGUAGUAAAGCUGGGGGCGAAAAAUUAGUUCUGGAAGCUGGAGGCGUUGCAUUGAGAUUGGCAACUGUGUUUGGUGUCGCACCACGUCUUCGUCUCGAUUUAUUGGUAAACGACCUAACCUACAAGGCCCUAACAAAUAAAAGUUUUGAUUUGUACGAAGGUCAUUUCCGCCGCACAUUCUUACAUGUGAAAGAUGCAGCCAGAGCAUUUAUUUUUGCAUUGGAAAACUAUAAAGUGAUGAAAGGUAAAGCGUAUAAUGUAGGGGAUGAAACAAUGAACUAUACAAAAGCUCAAGUGGCCCAGAUAAUCCAGUCUAAAGUCCCAUCUUGUAAAAUAACAACAAACACAACAGGGGAAGACAAAGAUAAAAGAGACUAUGAAGUUAGUUAUGAGAAAAUACAAAAUUUAGGCUACAGAUCAACAAUAUCGGUAGAGGAAGGUAUUAUGGACAGUCUUAAGAUAUUGCCCAUGUUAACAGAUGAAGAAGUACUUAAUUGUGUAAAUGUAUAACUUAAAGAUACAUUAUGUAAGAUUUAGAUAAAGAGCUGGCCAUUAUUGCUAUAAUAUAGAUAAUGUAAAAUGAAUAUAUUGAAAAUUUCAUUCAAAUUAGUUCUUUCUGAGCCAAGUUAUCAUUGUUAGUAGUUUUGACAAGAUGCGUGAAUUGUGGUAACAAGGGGGCCAUACUAUAUACCGGAAAACACAGGAAAACACCGGAAAACACCCGGAAAACACCGGAAAACACCAUUUAAUACUGAAUACCGGAAAACAUCCUAAAUACCGGAAAACACCCUAAAUAGGUAACCCGGAGCCUGGUCCUCUGUGUGCGGUUUUUGACCAAGUGAGCGCCGAUGGAGGAAGGUCAAGGUCAUUACAAUGUUCGUUUUACAAAUAGCCGCCCCCCCCCCCAAAAAAAAAAUAAAAAAAUUUCCAAAAUUUUGUUGAUGCCUAUUAUGUUUUGAAUGUUUUAAAAGACGCAAUCAGUCUACCUCCAUCAUUGACCAUAUUUUAUUUUGUAUUUUAAUUUUAGUUUUCAGUAAAUUUUAGUAGAUUUCAGUGUUUCAGUAUUUCAGUAGAUUAAACACAGCCCUCUGAGGGCCCCGUUAUAUGCCGGUUGCGCCAGUCUCCUGAUUCUUACCAGUAACGCUGGCAUCAGGGUGGUACGAAUCAGUGGAAGGCACGAUUAGGCCAACUCCUCCCUAGGUAACAAAAAAUCGCAUCAUAAAACAGCAAGUAUCAUCAAAAGCGAGUUAAUAAAUCUCUGAAUAGUUCGAGUUGAAGUUCCAGGUUUAACCGCUAUGUGUCCUAAUCACCAAACGAAAUGGAUGCCACGCAAUUCUCGGACAGGCUGUAAUCUGAAAAGUGUCUAUCCUUUCCAAGAGCUAUCCAUCUCGUUGGAAGGGCUAAAAAUCUACUUGUUUCUGAGCUUACUUUCAUUCCAGGGUCAAAUAUAAUCACUUGAACCAUAAUAAUAUUCAACAUAUUCCAUCAUAAUCUGAGGCCCACACACAUGAUUUUUUUUCUGGAUUACUUUUUGAGCUUUAUUCCCCAACUCGUUGACCAGUUUUCCUUGAGAAAACCCCAACUUUUGCCCAAUUGUCCAUGAGGAAACUACAUAUUCUAUCUUACUGCAUUGACGGGAAGUGGUAAGCUGGACGUCUGUGAAAAGGGUUGAUCCAUAAAUUUUCAAGGAAGCAAUUGUUGUUUUUGUUUGUGAAAUAGAGGACUCUAGCCGAUGAGGCUACUUUCCCCCCGAGAACCUCAGGCAACCAAUUUGUUUUAUGUACUACUAUCGUAAUAAAACAUUACUAUAUUAACCACUUCCUGGUGGCUGAAGACUUACACCGAAUGCGUAAUCGGAAAAAAAUGUCCCUGAGAAAAUGUUUUUUCCGACAAUCGAUAUUCGAGAUGUCUUCUGUUGCACAAAUUAUGCUACACUGUGUAAGAACUUUCAUCCUUUGAUCUGAAGAUUGUAGAUGGAAAAGUAUCAUUUGCACCAUUUCAAAGUAAACCUGCAUUUUCGUAUAUCAUCCCGUAAUUUGUGAUUAAUGACAAUGACUGUGGAAAUAAUAUGGGUUGAGGAAUGGAAGAUCUAUGUUCGUCACGUGACUGGACAAUUCCACCCCCCGUCCCACCCUGACGAUGAUCCCUCCUGGAGCGGCACGUUGCGGCGCGCUCUCUAAAAAAAAUCUCGGGCACAGUUUACUCUUCUAAGUUUUCCGGUAGGUAUUUAGUAAUGCGGAGUUUGGUCCUCGUGUGUGGUUUUGGACCAGGUGAGCGCUGAUGAAAUAAAUUCAUUAACAUACAAGCGAGCGAUCGCCUACGGUCAAAGAAAAAUUUCUUUUCAGAUUUUUUUUAAGAAUUUCUUCUCCCAAAUUUCUCUCUCAAAAAAUUCAAAUUUUGUUUCCAGUAUUUUUCUCUGUAAAAUUAUUUCCUACGGAAUGUUUUUUUUGUAAAACCAAUUUUUCGGAAAAAUUCUAUUUUUUGGGGGGGACAGAAAAAAUUUUUGUCAAAAAAAUUUGGGAGAAAAAAAAAACAGAUUUAUUUUUUUAUUUUUUUUUGGGGGGGGGGGGCUAUUUGUAAAACGAACAUGACCUUGACCUUCCUUCAUCGGCGCUCACUUGGUCCAAAACAGCACACAGAGGACCAGGCUCCGGGUUACCUAUUUAGGGUGUUUUCCGAUAUUUAGGAUGUUUUCCGGUAUUUAGUGUUUUUCCGGUGUUUUCCGGUAUUCAGUAUAAAAUGGUGUUUUCUGGUUGUUUUCCGGUUGUUUUCCGGUGUUUUCCUGUGUUUUCCGGUAUAUAGUAUUGCCGGUAACAAGGGCACUAGUAUAUUCGAGACUUAGCCUCGCUUUCCCAUUUUUAAAUUAAAUUUUUAUGUGGCUAACCGUUCUAAUCUAGUUAAAAUCUCAGGUAUCCGAUGCCAUCGAGAGUUGAUUAUGGUCUUGUUCUGUUAAUAAAUGUCUAAUUAAUAGUUUAUAUACAUUUCAGCCUGAAGAAAGACCUGCAACAGGCUCUUCCAUAAUAUAUGUUUACACAACUGAUUUUACAUUUUUAUUUACAUUUGAUUGGUUCAUAUGCAUGUAGCUAACAAAUUUUUGUUGUUUCUGAUUGCUCCAGUUAUAUAUAACACCAUAGGUAUUAAGCCAUAUCCUGAGACUGGUGUUAUGCAGUAUACUCUUUUCUAGAACACCCGAUACCACUGUUAUUUGUACAGCCCAGUAGACGCUUAUGACUGACACCCCCACCCCCACCCCACGUUCUUUCUCUUGAUUUGAUAUAUGUUGUUUAUUUUUUGCAGUGUCAAUAUAGUUUGUCUUGUCAGUUUUGUUUCUAACACGGUUCUCCUGCACUUAGGUAGUUCACAUAAAUUUUGUAGUAUAUUUGUUAACAUUCUCCGUAGAUCUUUCAUCGAGACUUCAUUUGUCUAUAGUUACAUACACAUGUCAAUCUAUAGACUUUCUAUGAGUGAGUCUAAAGUUACUUUGAAUAUGACAUCAUUAGUUGUUAUGGCUCUUUAAAUAUAUUUGGGUAUCCCACAAUACCAAUCUGAUUAAAAUACAGAUCUAUA